AAGGCGGGUUUUUCCGGAUGCCUUGGCGCGAAUUUCAAUUAGUCGCUGAGCAGGCUUGAAUGGGCCUGUGUGCUGUGCUCCUUGUCCUGCCGCUGGAUUCUGUGGACUGUGCUCAGGCAAGCUCCGAAGUUGCGACAUGGAUGAACUGACCCAUGAUGAUGUGCAUGUGAACUUCACUCAAGAAGAAUGGGCUUUGCUGAAUCCUUCACAGAAGAGUCUCUACAAAGAUGUGAUGUUGGAGACCUACAGGAACCUCAAUGCUGUAGGCUACAAUUGGGAAGACUGUAAUAUUGAAGAUCAUUAUAAAAGUUCCAGGAGACAUGGAAGGCAUGAAAGAAGUGGUAAUGGAGAGAAAACCCCUGAAAAUACUCAAUGUGGUAAAGCCUUUGCAUGCCACAGUUAUCCUCUAAGGCAUGAAAGAAUUCAUAAUGGAGAGAACCUCUAUGAAGGCAUUCAGUAUGGUGAAGCCUUUGUACAUCACAGCAGUCUCCAAAUGCAUAAAAUAAUACAUAAUGGAGAGAAGCAAUACAAAUACAAUCAAUGUGAUAAAGCCUAUUCACAAAAAAGUAUUCUCCAAAUACAUAAAAGAACAUAUACUAGAGAGAAAUCUUACAAAUGUAAUCCAUGUGGUAAAGCCUUUGCAUAUCAUAGUACUCUGCAAGUACAUAAAAAAACACAUACUGGAGAGAAACUCCAUGAAUGUAAGCAAUGUAGUAAAUCUUUUGCCUCUCAACUUCACCUUCAAAGCCAUCAAAGAAAUCAUACUGGAGAGACACCUUUGAAAUGUAAUCAAUGUAAUAAAGCCUUUUCUCGACAACGUUAUCUCAAAAGGCAUUUAAGAAUACAUACUGGAGAGAAACCUUACAAAUGUGAUCAAUGUGGUAAAGCCUUUGCAUAUUAUACAAGUCUGCAAGUACAUAAAAUAACACAUGCUGGAGAGAAACCUUACAAAUGUGAUCAAUGUGGCAAAGUCUUUGCAGAUCAAAGUUAUCUUAAAGUACAUAAAAAAAUUCAUACUGGAGAGAAGCCUUAUAAAUGUGAUCAAUGUGGUAAAGACUUUGGAGGACACAGUCGUCUUAAA